AUGAAGUCGUCACUCAUCGCCAUCUCGGCCCUCGCCUCUGGGGCUCUUGCCAUGCCCAGGCUCCUCAACAUCAACUACAAUGUCCAGGAGGGCAAGCCUUUCACCCUCGAGUACAGUGGUUGCGCGGACGAUUGCACAAUCAGCAUCGUCAACGGCCCCAGCGACAACCUCAAGGUUGUGAAGGUUUUGACUCCAUCCGCCUCUGGCACCUCGUACACCUUCACUCCUUCGGGCCUCCCCUCCGACACAUACGCCAUCAAGAUCGCCGACAACAAGACCCCUGAUCAGAUCAAUUACAGCAUUCAGUUCAGCUACCAAGGCACCGGAUCUGCCUCGGCUUCCACCAGCUCUGGCGUGACUACCACCUCCAGCCCGUCUCAAACCACCACCAACCUGGCGUCCACUACCACUGGUACCGAGACCGGCUCGGCCACCAACACCCCUUACACCAGCCGUAUCAUGUCCUCCAACUCUACUAUGACCUCGCACUCGUCGAAGCCCGCCACCAAGACCCGCGUCGCUACUGGUUCCAACGCGAACAUCACACCAUCCACGGUUCCCAACCAGAACGCCGCUGGCCGUGCCUCGUCCCAGAUGGCCCUCGUCGCCGGUGUCAUUGCCGCCCUGGCCUACUUCAACUAA